AUGGCUUCGUUGCUUACUCUUCCACUAGAGAUUUUGCAACAGAUCUUGACCGGACUCACAAAUAGCCUACCAGAACCAGCCAGUUUGGAAUCUUUUGUCAUUCCCUUCGAUCCCGACUGCACCAGGCGAAACCUUUCAACAUUGGCGAGACUCUGCCAGACAUGUCGCUACCUCCGUGAGAUUGCUGAGCCAGCCCUUCAUCGACAUGUCUACAUUCGAGAUGCAGAUGUGACGUCUCUAGUAUCGCUGCUCAAGUGUUGGAAAGCACGGCCUCACUGCGCUCGAUACACCCGACGACUCACAAUCAAGACAAAGUUGAAGCUACGAUAUGAGGGAACAACAUCACGGCCCCAAUCCAUUUGCAUUGAGGAUGUGGAUUUUGUAUCUGGCAUCAUCCGCAAUCUAGGUCUCAAGAUGCGCAGUGAUUGGUUCGAGCAUCACUGGAAUACCGACGUGCUCCUGGAACUAGCCAUGAUCCAAGCGCAGAACGCUCUUUGCGUAGAGUUGCUCUUUCAAAGGCGAACAGGCAUCUAUCGAACACCUUUUGAUAUGAUUCCUGAGCCAAACCAGACCAUCAAACCCAUCCGCUUUGACAACCUUCGAAACCUUCACCUGGAGCCACCAGAUCAUAACAGUACGAUGGAUGAGUUCAAGCACAUUUUGGACUGCGCACCAAAUCUCCAAGGAUUUCGGCUUGAGUCUUGGAUCACCCCCCAGUCUCUGGUUCCCUUGCCGCCAAAUCUCACCACUCUCAUUUUACCGCGGAUCAAUCUCACUGCAUUCCAUUUAAAUAGAAUCACCUCAAAUUCAGUCAUGCUACGUCAUCUAGAGCUUGGUCUAGAUUGCUAUCCUCGGGAGCUGAAUCUUCUAACGGCAAUUGCAAAGCACCGCAACACUCUAACGAGCCUCGCAUUAUUUUCCCACAGAGACAUUCUCAUCGAAAAACUGGAGACUUUCCAUAAACUCGAGUCAUUUACCACGAGCGUCGCAAGUGUCCGCCCUGGGGAAUUUCUGGGCACACUUCCGUAUUCUUUGCGCGAAUUCCGCAUACUGGAAGGAGAUAUCUAUGGGUCGCUUCAAGCUCAGCCGUGGUUCGAUGCAUUCUGCACUACUCUGGAGGCACGGGCAAGGAAACCGCCCAAGGACUUAGUCAUCUAUAAGGGUUGCCUCAAGAAGGAAGUCAACUCUCUGUCUGAUUUCCCUAUAGGCACCAGAGAGAAAAUAAGUUGGACAAAGAUGGACAGGCAGUAA